AUGGCUCGCAACAAAGAGCAUAAACAGCGCUUUGCAUCAAAGCACACACUGGCUGAAAAAUCUAAGGGUCGGCAGCUCCAGAGCAGGCAAUGCAAUGUAAAAGCUGGAACUUCUGCUCAUAACAAGGAACGAUCAAAGCAGGCAGCUGCUGCACUGCGAAAGAAGCGAGCCCACGCAGCUUUGGAGCAGCGACGCUUGGGAAGCGUUGACGGGUUGCCUCGUGUUAUCGGCAUUAUUCCUGCAAACGAGUCCGGGAACACGGAGGAAAUUCUCCAGGGGUUCUGCAAAAGUCUGAAUGUAGAUUUUCCAGGUGGCGAUCAACCAUUCAGUAUUGUGUCCAAAGAAAAGAAAGCGGCUUUCACAUUUGUCUGUGAAAAGAACUGCAAUGAUCAGGACUGCAUCGACGUUGCAAAAGUGAGCGAUUUUCUGGUGCUCACACUCGACUGUUCACAAGCCGUGCAAAACACUAUCCGAGAGCUUCAGGAUGCUCGCGCUUUCGUGGGCGAUGACGGAGCAGAGACAAUUGCGACAACGUGGUUCAGCGAUGUUGGCCUAUGCAUCACGGACUACACGCGAGACCUAGUUGCAGCCAUCAAUUCUCAAGGUGCCCCAAGUGUUGUCGUUGUAAUUCAGAACCUGCACACCUUCGCCGACCACCAGCGACAGAAGGUGCUGAGAAUCCACCAACGCUAUUUCAGCUCCGUGCAGAGUGACACGGCGAAAAUUGUGCCCGUGGUUAGUCAAGAAGACUACACUAACAUUCUGCGCCACAUACAAGUGUCGAAAAUCAGGACCCUGAAAUGGAGAGAUCAGCAUCCGUACAUGGUGGUGGAGGACAAGACCUUCGAUCCCCAAACCCAGGAACUCACAAUCACGGGCCAUUUGCGUGGUAUGCCUCUUUCUGCAGCACAGCUUGUGCACCUAACAAAUCACGGUACUUUCCAGGUUUCCAAGAUCGAAGAGGUGCGGAAGAGUGAUGAGCGAGUGCUUAUUGAGGUAUCUCAGGAAGAAGAACGCGAGUCGCUCCAGCAAGUUCAAGCCAAUUUGACUCUCGAGGACGAUGGUUUUCCAACUGAUGCCGACGUACUUUACCAUCAAGAAAUGGCUCAGACACACAAGAUUCGUGUACCGGCUGGGGUUUCCAGCGACCAAGCGGCGUGGUACGAUACAGAAGAGAAUAUUGUGAAAGACAAUUCAUCAGAGCAGCACCACAUUACUAUUAAUGAGGAGGACACCUUUGCCGAGGAUGCCAUAUCCUACCGCACAACGCAAACCGAUGUGGACUUUCUCAAGGCUGAGGAUGUCAUUCGGCUGGAGAGGAUGACCGACGAGGAAAGGCUACUGGAAAUGGAAAAUCUGAAGGAAUUGAGUGAUGUGGAUGCUUGGAAUCCAGAUAUGGUGGACACCCCUGUUAAUAUACCUGCGAGGCAACGUUUUGCUAAGUAUCGUGGAAUGAAGAGUUUUCACACAGGCAAAUGGGAUCCGGCGGAGAACCUACCACCGCAGUACGCUUACAUCUACAAGCUCCAGGGGUAUUCUCGCAUUCGCGAGAGUGCGAUUGACGCGUGUAAAGGAGGGAUGGCUGAGGUAGGAAUGCACAUCGCCAUCACUCUCAUCGGCGUCCCUCAAAGUGUGUGGAGUGCCUGUGAGAGGUCUCUUCUUAUUGCUUCUGGUCAGCUACAGCAUGAGCAAAAGUGGUCUGUGCUUCACUUCCAGGUUCAGCGAGCGUCAGAACUGGAUGAGCCUAUCAAGUCAAAAACCCCCAUGUUGGCGCACAUUGGGUUCCGCAAGUUCUAUGUCUCUCCGCUCUUUAGUGACAUCAGCUCAGGCGACCGAUCCAAAUUUGCCCGCUUUUUCCACGAAAGUGACAGGUUCCGCAUGGCGACAUUCUUUGGUCCCAUCAGCUAUAACCCGUGCCCGUUGCUGCUUUUCCAGGUACCUUCACUCGAGGAGCAGGUAGAGGGAAAUCCUCUGCGACUAGCAUGCUUUGGCGGAGCCCUUCCACCCAAUCCAGAAACUCUUCUGCUGAAGCGCACCGUUCUUAGUGGCCGCGUGGCGGUGAUUCACAAAAAACAGGUCGUUAUCAAAUACAUGUUCUUUAACGAUGAGGAUAUCAAGUGGUUUAAGCCAGUUGACCUUUACACCAAGCUCGGCCGUCGUGGCAAGGUAACCAAACCUGUUGGCACCCAUGGCCUUUUCAAGGCUGUCCUCAACGACCAGAUUAUGCAACAUGAUGUUGUAUGCAUGGACCUAUUCAAGCGAGUAUUUCCGAAAUGGACUACGGUUGCGUUCAGCAUGUCCGACGUCACUGCUGGGGGUAGGGAAAACGAGGAGGAAGAAUGA